UCCAAAAAAAAAAGCUCGCUCCCCUCCGUCCUCAGCGCCGGGGUCCGGCCCACGCUUCGGCCGCCAUCCACGGAUUUCCCCACCAGGCCAUCGCUGGUGCUUGUGCAGGUUGAUGGCGAUGCCGCCCAUCAAAGGUGGCCCCACCUCCCCCACCUCCCUCGCCGGCGAACUCCGUGCCGUUGCCGAGAUCCUGCUCCGUCUCCCGACGCCUGCCGCCCUCGUCCGCGCCGCGCUCGCCUCGAGGCGCUGGCUCCAGGUCGCAUCCUCCCCCGGGUUCCUCCGCAGGUACCGCUCCCGCCACGCCUCGUCGCCCCUGCUCGGCCUCUACGUUCCCAGGGCGCACACCGGGCUUCCCUCAUUCCAGCUCGCGGAUUCAGUCCGCUCCGACCGCGCCCUCGCCAAAUUCGUGCGCGGGGGCGACUUCGGUCUCACCGGUCUCGAGAGCCAUCCGGAGUGGCGCCUCCUUGACUGCCACAAUGGCCGCCUCCUACUCUCCAGGGGCGAAUCACGCGCCGUGUUCGACCCAGCUUCCGCCCGCGAACCUGUAUGGCUUCCGCAGAAUAGCCCCCUCCCAAGUACCUUUAUUUCUGAAUGUUUGCUGCAAGGCCAUAGCGACGAUGCGGCGUCAUUCCGCGUGGUCUCUGUGCAGCAGCGUGGCCAUGAUCGGUUGUUGCGAGCUGCCGAGUACCACUCACAUACUCGCCAGUGGCAUUGCCACCAGUGGGUAAAGGACAUUAACAGACCUCAACAUGACCAGGCGAUGCAUGCCGGUCGGUUCAUCUUUUGGAGAUACGAUGACACUUCAUCCCUCUUGCUUGACACGGCCACUAUGGAAUUCUCCAUCCUUGGUAUCCCAUUUACAUUCUUCCAAGAGUCAAUGUAUGCCAUUGGAGACACUGAGGAUGACAUGUGCUGCCUUGUGGGCCUUGUUGGUAGCAUUAACAACAUCCAUUUGCAAGUGUGGCUGCUAAAGGCGAAUGGUGCUGCCAAUAUGUGGGAGCCGGAGAGGAAAAUUCUAGUGAGCCAAGUGCUUGGCAGGGAUAUCCAAUUGCGUCAAGUCCAUGCAGUAACCAAUGGACUAGCUCUUCUAUGCUGGGACCAAUCCCGCCAGUUUGCCAUCAAUCUGAAGAAAAUGUGUAUCGAUUCUGAGUUUGAGUGCAGCGCUCUUGGUUAUCCUUUGCAAAUGCCAUGGCCACCUGCUGUGCUGGUUGAAACUAAUGAGAUGGAUCAAGGUAUUGAGGUGAUUCAUGGUUGUGACACUAAUGAGUCAGCAACACUGACCAAAUCUAGAUGUGGCAGUGAGAUGGUCUCCAGUGAUCAUGGUGGUGAGAAGAUCCACUGUCACGAGACUGUCAUCCAGGGCAGUGAGAUUUUUCAAGGUAUUGAGACAACUCAAGAUAAUGGCACUGCUCAGGUGACACCACCAACCACAUCAAGAUGUGGCAAUGACAUGGAUCACAGUGAUGAGAUGAUCCACUGCAACCAAAUGGUUAUAUGUGGCAGUGAGAUGGUUCAAGGUAUUGACCUGACUCAUGGUAAUUACACUGGUGAGGCAGCACCAACCACAUCAAGACAUUGCAGCGAAACGGUCCAAGUUAGCAAGAAUAAUCAUGGUGGUUUAAUGACCCGUUGUAACCAAAUGAUCAUCUAUGACAGGGAAAUGGUUCAAGGUAUUGAGAUGACUCUUGAUAAGAACAACGCUGAGGUGACACCUCCAACCAUCGCAAAAAUUCGGAGAAAGAACUCCAUCAUCUGGAAACAUUUCACUACUGAAACCGAUUCUGAUGGAUGCACACGAGCAUGCUGUAAGUAUUGCAGGAGGUCCUUUGCUUGCUCCAGAACGUCAGGCACUAGCCAUCUAAAGAGGCACCUCACCCUAGGUUCAUGUCCUGCAUUGAAAGGUCAAGUGCCACCUUCAGCAGGAGGCGCACAACAUUGUGGCAGCGGUGCAGCAGAGAAACCUUCUAAGAGGCAAUGCACAUAUGCUGACCCUGCAGAUGAUGCACUUAAUCAGAACUACAAUAUAUCAUAUCUGGGGAAGAUGGACAUUCUGACUGAGCCUCUAACUACAAAACAAGGAAAUGAAUACUCAAUACCAAAAUGCUUAAAAGUGUUACAUGACAUGGACGAUGUGUCAGAUGAGAUGAAGCAUCUUGCAUUUCAUAUCCUCAAGGAUGCAACCAAUCGAGAGAUUUUUAUGAGCUAUGAAUCAAGACUUCGUGGUUUAUGGUUGAAGAAGGAAGUUAACAAGCUUGGAACAUAAUUGACUCCUUGGUAAUGUAUGACUAGUUUCCUUCAUCUACCAAACUACAUUGAGGAUCUCGAGGAGUUAAUCAGAAAAGCUAGAGCCAAACUUAAAAAGAAGAAACCCUCAAUCAAUUUGUUAGAAGAACAAGAGCAACCAAGAAGAAGUUUGACGCCAAUAUUCGAAGCCACAACCAACAAGACUCUCCGAGAAUUCUCUGAUCCAACCACUGCCAGCAGUCGAUGUGGGAGAAGAAGGAUUCGAGCUCAAGCCAACUUUGAUCAACAUGGUGUAAGCCAAGCACUUUUGUGGGAAAGCGCAUGAAGAUGCAAGUGCCCAUCUCCAACACUUCUUAGAGAUCUGCAGCGCAUUCACCAUCAAAGGAGUUGAAAGAGAUGCCAUACUACUCCGCCUCUUUCCAUUCCCACUCUUAGGAAGGGCGAAGCAAUGGUUCUAUGCCAACAGAGAGAAAACACUACAUGGAAUAUCUGCUCCACUGCUUUCCUAGCAAAGUUCUUUCCCAUAACCAAAACUAAUGCCCUAUGUGCAAAGAUCUUAACUUUUCAGUAUGUUGACAGUCGAUAACGUCAAUUUUUUUUAGAACUUUAGACACAAGGGAACACAUGAAUAUAUACUAGUCUAGGGUUUUAAGU